AUGCUGGAUUACAAUGUCCUAGGAGGAAAGUGCAACCGUGGGCUCUUUGUCAUUGACAGCUACAAGACAUUGAAAGGUGUCGAUGUUUUGAGCAAGGAGGAGACGUUUCUUGCCUGCACCCUUGGUUGGUGUAUUGAAUGGCUUCAAGCAUAUUUUCUUGUGCUUGAUGAUAUCAUGGACAACUCCCAGACACGACGGGGCGAGCCUUGCUGGUUUAUGGUGCCUCAGGUUGGCCUUAUUGCUGUAAAUGAUGGGAUUAUCCUUCGCAACCAUAUUUCACGGAUUCUUCAACGCCACUUCAAAGGAAAACCGUAUUAUGUUGAUCUCAUUGAUUUGUUCAAUGAGGUUGAGUUCAAGACAACUUCAGGGCAGUUGUUGGAUCUUAUCACUACUCACGAGGGAGAAAAGGAUCUGACAAAAUAUAACUUGAAUGUGCUUGUGCCAAUUACUGAUGAUGUCUUCUUAAUUUGUAACAAUGGAAUGGUGUACCAUGUCUGA